CGCCUCUCCAGGAGAGGGAAGAAGGCGGCGAAGAAAGACGGAGCCCGCGGGCGCGUCGGGGGCCGGCCGAGGCGUGCUCCCUCCCGCCAUGGCGACUCCGGCGAACGCGCAGAACGCCAGCAAGACCUGGGAGCUGAGCCUCUACGAGCUGCACCGGACGCCCCAGGAGGCCAUCAUGGACGGGACGGAGAUCGCCGUCUCCCCCCGCAGCCUGCACAGUGAGCUCAUGUGCCCCAUCUGCCUGGACAUGCUGAAGCACACCAUGACCACCAAAGAGUGCCUCCACCGCUUCUGCUCCGACUGCAUCGUCACAGCCCUGCGCAGCGGGAACAAGGAGUGCCCGACCUGCCGGAAGAAGCUGGUCUCCAAGCGGUCCCUGCGGCCCGACCCCAACUUCGACGCCCUCAUUUCCAAGAUCUACCCGAGCCGGGAUGAGUACGAAGCCCACCAGGACCGCGUGCUGGCCAAGCUGAACCGCCUCCACAACCAGCAGGCCCUGCGGAGCAGCAUAGAGGAGGGGCUGAAGAUGCAGGCCAUGACGAGGGGACAGCGGGUCCGCAAGCACCCUCAGGAAUCAGACAACACGACGUUCAGCGGCGGGGAGGACAACUGCGACAGCCGCUCCCACCUCAGCAACACCUCCGCCCCCAGCCAGCCCGAGGCCGGGCCCAGCCGCAAGCGCUCCCGGGGCUCUGACGAGUCGGUCCCGGAGCCAGAGACCUCGCACGAGGGGGGCCGGGGCAGCCCCGAGCCAGGGGCCGAGCCCAGCAGCAGCGAGAUCGAGCUCGUCUUCCGGCCCCACCCCGUCCUGGUGGAGAAGGGCACCUACUCCCAGACCAGGUAUGUCAAGACCACGGCCAACGCCACGGUGGAUCACCUUUCCAAGUACCUUGCCCUGCGCAUCGCCCUGGAGGAGGCACCGGGGCCCGGCCCAGAAGCCCCCGCCCUCGAAGACGUGAGCGAGAAGCAGUACACCAUCUACAUCACCACGGCUGGGGGGGGCUUCACGACGCUGAAUGGAUCUGUGACCCUGGAGCUGGUGAACGAAAAAUACUGGAAGCUCAGCCGGCCCCUGGAGCUCUACUACGCCCCCACCAAGGAGCAGAAGUGAGGGAUCCCGAACCCUCCACCGAGAGCACAAGGGUGGAGGAAGGACUGCGCUUUGCCCGUGGUGGUGGUGGGCGCGCGCUCUGAGGCAGCGAGGGGACUCUUCAGAAAGAGACGCGUUUGGGGGCAAGCUGGAAAAGACUGAGCUCUCCCCACACCAGGCCUUCUCCCCCCGACCCCCAGCAAAGACUCUUUUAAGUUUUCGCUUUUCCUUCCUGCUAAUGACUGAUGCCUCCCGGCCGUGCUAGGGUUGUUG